CGCUUGCGGGCUGCGCUUUCUUCUUUCUCCACUCUCCAGUGAUUUCAGAGAAUUAUAUUUUGGGAAAUUAUGGCGAAAAUCGAGUGCGUUUUCGAUGCUAGUGGUUAUAAAGUUGGUCUAGGAGAGGGCCCGCAUUGGGAUGACAAGAACCAAAGACUCCUUUGGGUGGAUAUUUUCGAUAGAACCGAUGAAACGAAGGGAAAAACUCUACAUAUUUCUGACCCUGCGACCGGAACUGACCAAGCCAUCAAAUUUGAUGUACCAGUGACUUCAGUUGUUCCUCGUAAGAACAAACCUACGUCAGUUGCUGUUACUUUCCAGAGAAACUUUGCUUUUGUUGACCUAGAGACAGGAAAACUUGAAAUUGUCAAGACAGUGGAUGAUGACAAACCAGGAAAUAGAUUCAAUGAUGGAAAAUGUGAUGCGGCUGGCCGAUACUGGGCAGGAACUUUGGGUCCAGAGCCAGUGCCAUUACAACUAAUGCCAUAUCAAGGUUCACUGUUUUGUUGGGAUGUUGGUGCUUCGGGCGUGUCACAAUGGAAUAAAGGGAUUUCCUUAUCGAAUGGAUUAGGUUGGUCAACGGACAAUAAAACCAUGUAUCAUAUAGACACAUAUGAAAGGAAAGUGUUUGCGUUUGACUUUGAUCUUGCGGCUGGUUCCGUUGCAAAUAGAAGAGCUGCCAUCGAUGUCGACGAAAAAUUCGGGUGGCCAGACGGACUUUGUGUUGACAACGAGGAUAAAGUAUGGGUUGCUAUGUAUGAUGGAGGACAGGUGGUACGCUACGAUCCUAUGAAUGGCUCUGUCAUUAGUUCCGUAAAACUCCCAGUUUCCAAAAUAACGUCGUGUUGUUGGGGAGGAAAGAAUUUCGACGAACUUUUUGUCACAAGUGCCAGAGAGUAUUUGAGCGAGGAAAAGGCGAAAGAGGAGCCUUUAGCUGGGUCUGUUUUUAAAGUCACAAACUUGGGAUGCAAAGGGAUGCGUGCACAUGAAUAUGAUGGAUGAAGCGCGUGAUUUAUGGAUAUAACUACACGAUAAACGUGGAUAAUCGUGGUGAUUUAUGGAUAUAAUUACAUGAUGAACGUGGAUAAUCGUGGUGAUUUAUGGAUAUUCUAAAAUGAAAAGAGAUAAUUUAUGAAUACGAAUCAAUUUGAUGAAUAAAUACAUGAUUUAUGAAUAUGACAACUGGAUGGAUGCACAUGGGCGAAGCUUUUAAAGUUGCUCAAGGGUCUGUCUAUGGCUAGGUAUGACAUUUUUUUCAAAAAUUUUAUCAGAAUUAGAUAUUAUCGUAGUAUAUUUUUAAAAAUUCAAAGGGAUUUUAAAUUCUAUUUGAUAAUUUUAAUCGUUUCGACACGAGAAAUUUUGAAUUAAAAUAUGGGUACAGUAUUUAGGAAUAUUUAGGAAAAGUUUAGGAAUAUUUAGGAAUUUUCUUAUGCAAGUACAAAAACUGUGCUGUUAGAUUUGUGUAAUGUGAUGGUCAAUAAUCGCGCUAUAUUUGCAAUGGUCUUUUUGGUUCAUGCGCCUGUCGUUGGCUCGUCGCAACUGGUCGUCGGUCGCCGUGAGGUCGGGGGUUGUCCCGACGUUUUCCCGAGGUUGUCAAUGCGUACGUGAAAUUUUGUACAGACAGUUUUGUUCUAGCUAUCCAUCAACGUAGAACAGAGGGUAAAAUGAGAAAUACUUAAAGCUCUAACUCCAAAGCAAAAUGACAAAGCAAAAAUUGCCAAUAACAUUAUCCAUAUGUAGUCCUACGUCUAUGUUUUUCUGACGAUUUUUUUGGUCCAACCAAUCAAAACCUCAAUUUAAUAAGAGCUUGUUUGAAUUAGAAUAAUAAUAUUGAUUUAAAUAAUUUACUACAUUUUAUUCCUAAUUUCAUACAGUACAUUUAAUAAAGCAAUUUUUAUAUUAAAUUUCUGUGUUGUGUCCACGCCAUGGCACGCGUAGCCAAUCAGGUGAUUGUCUGGCCGUGACGUAACGCUAGGAUUUCGAACCAACUUAUGAACCAGGUCUUCAUUUUAAUUUCCCUGCGAGAUUGCUGACGAUGCACGAUGAUAAAUGUAGAAACUAAAUGAAAAUGUUAAA